UGGGUUGGGAUGCACGGACUACCCCAGGUUGGCACUGGAUGCCGAUCUCGUCCCGGUGUCGGCGCGCAGCAACACAGAAGAUAGCACCCAUUGAUCAGUUUGGUCCAACCCACAAGGCACUAACCCCUAACCCCAGCGCUAUAUUUAUCGCCGCCCCGCGCGCUCUUCCACCGCACCACCCAGAACACACAGCCCCAUCCCAACCAAGUCUCCAAGUCCCAAACAGAGAGCUAGCAGCAGCAGCAAGCGAACGCGUUCCAUAGCUCGUCGGGGCAAAGCACGACAAGGCAGCAUGUGCAACGUCAUCACAAUUCCGUCGAUCGCCUGGCUGCGCCGCGCCGCGCGGCGGUGGCGGGCCCGCCGCUCCACGUCCGCCCCGGUGCCGGCGGGUCACGUGGCGGUGUGCGCGGAGGGCGCUCGGUUCAUGGUGCGGCUGGCGCACCUCAGCCACCCGGCGUUCCUGGAGCUGCUGCGGCAGGCGGAGGAGGAGUACGGCUUCCGGUCCGGCGCCUCCGGCCCCGUCGCGCUCCCCUGCGAUGAGCACCGCCUCCGCGACGUCCUCCGCCGCGUCUCUUCCUCGUCCGGCUCCGAGGAGCCGCGCCGCUCCUCCUUCUGCCGCCGGCGCGGCGACUCGCGGCCACUGCUGCAGGGGGUGACCGUGGAGAAGCUCUUCCCGUGAGCGAUCGACCUACAGCGCGCGUGCCGCGGCACCGAACGAUCGAGCAACGCAGCGCCCAAUUUCUGCGCGCAGCUCCGGACGCGGUAAAAAGGCCGUGAAGACCGUUCGGGCCGGCGUGGCGGCGUGCUCCCUUGCCCAGCGUGAUGCCCGCCGGCGAUCGGACGCGUAGUGGAGCUAGGCAGUACAGUAUGUGAUGGUGAUGGUAGUAACUGAUUGAAGAAGGCGACGAUUUUUUGGAUUGUUUUCUCUGUAACUAUUUUAAUCGU